AUGAGUCUUGAUGAUAUGUUUGAGGAGGUAGAGUCAAAUGAACUUAAAAGAUUCUACUCAGAAGAUAUCUCUGAUGGAACCUAGAAGAUUCAUAUAAGCAGUGUCCAUCUGUAUCUAGAAUAGCCAUUUCCUAUACCGAUCUAUUUCACCGAAUUUCUUGACAUUGCGUUUGAGAAGUAUAUAAAUCACUCCUUGCUUCGGACUCCUAAGGACAUGUAAUUAUUCCAAUCCAAUUUAAGCAUAGUCCAAUUUUAGUUUCCAGAACAUAUUAAAGAUCAGCUAUAGCCUGCUGCCAGUUUCGAGACUAUUAAUUAAAAUCUAAUGAAGCGAAUGAAUAAAUAGUACUUGAUGCUAUUUAUUAAAUUAAAAGGAACCAAGAAUGAUGAGUUCUACUAAUUGAUGCCUUUAAUUAUAGCCUAUGGGAUUAAAUAAACUAUAGUUGACUUAAUACUCUAUGGAAGCGAUAUAUUUAAAAAGGAAGACUAGUUUAUUCAAAUGAUUCAAUUCAUUCACAAUAUGAUAUAUGGAAUAGACAUUUCCUACUCUUAUGCUUAACUUCUAAAAAGUCAGUUUACAAAUCCUGUGCAAUCAUAACAAAAACUCUAGCUUUAGAAGAUUGAAGACUAAAAAAUUUCAUCAAUUCAAAAUAGCCCGACUGGAUUAAAGCUGAAGAAUGCGUUCAAAAGAAGAAAUGCUUUCUCUUUAAACACUCGAAGUGAGGUUUAAAAGACUCAGCUUGAUUAGUUUGAUCAAGAACUUUAGAAACUUUUUGAUGAAAAGUAAUUGAAAGAGUUCAACGAAAAGAAGAAGAGAUUACUCAGACCCAACUUCAAUCCUACAAAGAUAUCUAGUUUUUAUGGUAAAUAAAUGCAGCAGAAGCAAAGUGUGAGUGCACUUGAAAAAUUUGAAACAAAUGUACUCAGUCCAAGUCUACUCUAGGAAUUCAACAGUACUGAGACAAACAAUCCUUUAAGAAUGAGUGAAAAUAGAAAGCUUAAGCAUAUUAAGUCCUUAGUGCCAGUUGAGAUUGAUAGAUUUGAAAAAGAAUUCAAGAAAAUAGCAAUGACAGCUAGAUAUCAAAACAAAAAAUAAAAAAAGAUUUCUUUUAUCCUGGAUAAGGUCCAACAUUCUCUCGAACUUGAUAAAAGAAAAUCAAGAUUGAUGAAAAAAGAGCUGAAUCAAAGUAUCAGUCUUGAAACUUUGAAACCUACUAUUUAAGAUAGAUAUGAAAUUAAACCUGAUAUGUUUAUGGUAGAUACCUAUUAGCAGGAUAAGAAAUAAGAAUAUAGAGAGCUCUUAUUUAAGGUUGGAGUCAAUAUCUCAGAUUAAGGGAAUGUAUCUGAAUCCAAAGGUCUUGGACAUAUGGAAAAGCUGAGAUAGAUUCUAAAGUACAAGCCAGGGGAUAAAAAUUUCAACAUGAAUGAAAUUAAUGAUAUACUAAGAAAAACUAGAGAUGAAUAGUUGCAAUCUGAGAUUGCUGCUGCUCCUGUAGUCAAGUAUCAAGAUGAAGAAUAAAAUAAAAUUCGCUUUCCUUAGAUUAAAAAGAGGAAAUUCAAAAAUAAAGAAGCAUUCGAAGAUGAAGAUCUUAAUCCAAUUGACAAGCAAAAAUAAGAGCAGUUGCUAAAGGAAAAGAUUAAGAUCUAAUAUUUGGAGCGAGUAAUGCUUGAAAAUGAGAUAUUCAACAAAAAACAAAAGAAAAAGGAAGAAUAGGCUAAGAAAAAUAAAAAUGGGGGAAAAACUGAGUAGAGCGAUUAUGAAGAUGAUGAUUAAGGCAUUAAGUUUUAAAGCAAGUUUAUCAAAGAGAAUUCAGAGAAUCUAGUAAAAUAAGCUAUGCAAAAGAGAGAUAAUCCAAAGAAAACUUAGCUUGAGCUAAUUAACAUAGCUGAGAAGCUCAGGAAAAUAAAACUUAAAUUUGAAAAUCAGACUAAUAGUCUGCUAAACGAUGAAUAAACAGCUAAUGAAUUUGAUUCUUUAUUAGAUAAGUUAAAGGAUGAUUAUAAAAGAGAACAAGUUAUUGCAAGGAAAAUGAAAUGA